AACGAUAAGAGAAAAAUUAGAGAUGACAAACAAGAAUUAGAGUUCACCACCAAUGCAUCAUCAAAGCCAUUACCACAAAGAACAUUCUUUGUCCUUUUGACUUCAAUACACCAUUUUAUAUCUCAAGAAUUAAAGAUUGAAAGUUCUAUCACCGAGAUUAUAGACUUUGCACUGAUGUUCACCACCAAUGCAUCAUCAAAGCCAUUACCACAAAGAACAUUCUUUGUCCUUUUGACUUCAAUACACCAUUUUAUAUCUCAAGAAUUAAAGAUUGAAAGUUCUAUCACCGAGAUUAUAGAUCUAUAUUCGUUUUUAUCUGAGCCAUAG